CUCUCUCUCUCUCUCUCUCUCACGAACCCUCUCCUCUCCCAAAUCCUCCCCUCAUGAACCUAAUGAGAUCGUCCCGUGCAUUAUGAAGUCGAUGUGGUAUCGUGGCGGGCUCGGAGAAUCCAAGCUUGGGCAUUGGUUGCUGCAAAAAUUUGAAACCAUGCGAACGGAAAGUGAAAGCGAAGAGGAUGGUCUUGAUGAAGAUGCUGAUGAUGUUGAGGAAGAGCAUGAACUAGAGCCUGAGGUUCCUUUAACUACUGAGCUGGUAGUAAAGAAUCCUCCAUCAGCUUCUUUGGUACCCAAAGAUACAGAAAGGAAGCUUUCUAAGGAAUUGAAGAAAAAGGAGCUUGCAGAUCUUGAAGCGAUCUUGACUGAGUUGGGGAUCCCCAAGAAAGAGACAAAUGGCCAAGCUGGUAAUCUUUUUUUUGUCUCUAGAAUAUGCAUGUAGAUCGUUCUAGGUAUUUCCUAUCAUUUCUCUGCUUUCUGUUCUUCUGCAGUUUAAACAUGGGGGCCAAGGCGAAUGAUAUCACGUAGUCACUGUAGCUUACCGCUUCUCUUAUGAACUCAUGAAAAUAUUCAUGAACUUUUUGAAUGUUUUGAUGUGGUAGUCUAGCAUUAUGUUUCAAGAUGUAAAUUAUCUUGAUUAUCAGAUUGUGUGGUUCUGAAAUUAAUCAUCAUCAGUCUUGUCUAGCUAUUUGCGUUCAGUUCUACUUGUUUUACAAUUUUAAAUUGAGCUUUGUGGGGCCCACUAAUUGGUGAUCUGAUGCGCCUGAUGGUGGAAAUUACAAGAAAAAUAUUCUUAAAAAGGGACUCCCACCUCUGGAUUGUGAUAUGCCACAAGUAGACGAUGCUGUUUAAUCCAAGUGUAGGUUCUGUGGUGUUUGUUUGUUAGACUUGAAAAUCAGGCAUAUGCCUGGAUCAUGUGUGUUAAAAGCAAAACACAAGCCCGGCCAGCCUGCUCAUUGAUUGAAGUACCUUGACAGUAAAUUUACAAUUAUACCUUGACUGUAAAUUUA